AUUUGACGUGUCAUCCCCUUGACUCUUCCUAACGUAAGGUGAGACAUGUCACAACGUAUCUAGAACCCCACUCCAGGCACCGGAUCACCCGCGUCAACCUGCCCCGGUCCACUUCAGCCCUAUUUUUUUCGUUUCAGCCGUCUUAGUCUUCCUAGAUACACAAAAUUAACACCAACUCCUCCCCACCCGAAAAGCCAAUCUCAGCAGGUGUUACGUACACCUACAAAGAAUCCUACUAUCCACAUUUAACACAUCCAGAACAAACACGAAGACAACAGAUACACACCCACACCUUUUCUCCGCACAGCAAAGAAACACGAUGAUAUCAGAAAUCCGCCGCGUUAUCGGCGGAUACACGCACACGGCCCUCGAAACUACUCGACAACUCCUCCUCCGGACGCUCUCCCGCCUCAUCGCAUCGCUCGAGAGCCCGUCCGAUGUCAUCCACCGGUACGGACAUAUGACUCUCCAAACUGCAGCUAUCAGAAUCGGCAUCGAUCUGGGCGUGUUUAGGCUUUUGACUCAGGCGCAGGCGGAAGGGCGUGGUGCGGUGUCGGUGGACGGGAUUGUGGAGCGGAAUCCGGGGGCUGGGGGGUUGGUGCUGAAUCGCAUAUUGAGAUAUCUCGCCUCCAUAGACGCCAUCACGCAAGUAUCACCAACCCGAUAUGCCGCCAACCAACGAACACGCCACCUCGCCGACAAAACCGUCGAGGCCGGCCUAGCACACUUCCUCAACACCGUCGCCCCCCAAUACGAAGCCCUCCCCGCCUGGCUCGCACAAAACAACUACCAACCCCCCGCCGACGAAACCCACACCGCCUUCCAAGCCGCCUGGAACACCCAUCUCGACGCAUUCGCCUGGUUCGCCGAGCACGCGGACCACCUCGCCUACUUCAACGACUACAUGGCCCUGCGCCGCCAGCGCGCCCACGACGCUACCUGGCUCUCUGUCUUCCCCGUUGCGCGGUAUGUGCGCGGGUGGAAUCCCGACGUGGACAGGGGGGUAAAGGAGAGCGCGGGGAGGAAGCAAAAGGCAGUCUACGUGAACGUCGGCGGCGGCAUCGGACACCAGUGCCGCGAGUUCAGGGAGCGGUAUCCGGAUGUCACGGGCGAGGUGGUACUGCAGGAUCUGCCGCAUUCGAUCGCGAACGCGCUGGAGACGCCGGGCGUGGUGAAUAUGGAGUUUGAUUUCUUCGAGGAACAGCCUGUUAAGGACGCAAAAUUCUACUACAUGCGCGGCAUCCUGCACGACCACAGCCCGGCGCGCGGACGAGUCAUCCUCGAGCACACGCGCGACGCCAUGGGGCCUGAGUCGAUCCUGCUGGUCGACGAGAUGAUACUGCCGGAGACGGGGGUGAGCCAGAUGGCGGCGGCGAUUGAUCUGACGAUGCUUGCGGCGCUGGGCGGGCAGGAGCGUACGGAGGCGCAGUGGCGUGAGACGCUGGCGGAGGCGGGGCUGGAGUUGGUUGAGACGUACAUGUAUGCGCCGUUGCUGUAUGAGGGGGUUAUGGUUGUGCGGAGGGGGAGGGGGGUAGAGUGUUGA